AUGCCUGGUGUCAUAGAGAAGGGCGCGAAGAAGAGCAAGGCCGCAUAUCGCAGGGCCCAGAAGAAGGCAAAGCGCGAGGAAAUACCUGCUGAAGUUACCGCUUCUGCACCUGAGAUCGAGUCACUCACACCCGUAACAUCAACAAACGAUACCUUGGUGGACGGACCCGCAAUAACCACCGCUGACGACUUCCUGGAGGACCCCUUGUUUGACGAGUUCAAGGACGUACUUGCCAAGUUUCAACUACCUGCUGUCGAAGAAACGGUCAAAGAAACCGAUAAGCCAGAGAUAUUCUUAUCGGAUGACGAUGAAAUCCCUGACGAGGAGGAGACCCGAAAAAGGCUGUCCAAGAAAGCAAAGAAGCAGCUGAACAAGCUGUCAAUUGCUGAGCUUAAGGCACUAGUAAAGAAGCCUGAGCUAGUGGAAUGGACUGAUGUAUCAUCUUCAGAUCCACAGCUCCUCGUCUCGCUCAAAGCGCAGAAAAACGUCAUUCCGGUUCCUCCUCACUGGUCCCUCAAGCGCGAGUACCUAUCUUCGAAACGCGGCAUCGAAAAACCACCGUUUGCCCUUCCAAAAUUCAUUCAGGAAACUGGAAUUUCUGAAAUGAGAGAUGCCGUACUUGAGAAGCAAGCCGAGAUGACACUCAAGCAAAAGCAGCGAGAGCGUGUGCAAGGAAAGUUGGGGAAGCUUGACAUUGACUACGGGAAGCUUUAUGACGCCUUCUUCCGUCGUCAGACGAAACCUGAACUAACCCGAUAUGGCGAGGUCUACUACGAAGGCAAAGAGUUCGAGACAAAUCUUAGACAUUUGCGUCCUGGCGAGCUGGGAGAAGAGCUCAAAGAAGCCCUUGGCAUGCAACCUGGUGCUCCACCACCAUGGCUUGUUAACCAGCAGCGAUUUGGUCCUCCGCCAUCUUAUCCAUCUCUGCGCAUUCCUGGUGUCAACGCUCCUAUUCCUCCAGGCGCACAAUGGGGAUAUGCGCCGGGCCAGUAUGGCAAACCUCCAGUCAGCGAUCACAACCAACCCUUGUUUGGGGGCGACCUUUUUGGACAGGUUAUUGCGGAAGAAUCUGUACAAUCAACCCAGCUAGGUGAGCCUAUCGAGCGGGGAGCUUGGGGAACAUUGCGAGCCGAAGGAGAGAGCGAGGAUGAGGACGAGGAAGAGGAGGACGAGGAAGAGGAGGACGAGAAUCAGGUGGGGGAGGCUGGUGAAGCUGAUAUGACUGGUACUCAAACUAACAUGACAAUGGCCUCUAUGGCCCCCUCAGAAAUGGGCGGGAUUGAGAGUAUUGGCGGCGAGUUUACCUUGCGAAAACAGCGCAAAGGAACGGAGACGGAAGUUCCGGGAGGGCCACCGCGUAGCGCCUAUCAGGUGUUGCCGGAGAAGGAUAUUCAGGCCAAGGGCUUCUUUGGCGGCGAGCAUGCUUAUGAUCUCAAGGCCGCUAUGCCAGAAUUUGGAGACGACAAUAGGAGGAAGCGAAAGGCUGGUGACAUUGACGUGUCUGUUGACGUGGAUUCUUUGACAAGAGAUGAUAAGCUGGAUAAGGAGGCUCUGAGGAAGCAGUACGAGGCUCAGAAGAAGGCGGAGGCACAGGGCCAGUGGACUAGCGUUGAUCUGGAUGAUAUGUCUGAGAUGAUUGCGGAGAACCGCAAGCGCGUAAAGAGGGACGAAGAGAGACGCAGCAGGCGCUGA